UUUUUGAAGACAAAAUCCCUAUCAAACGUUUAAAUCCCAAACACCAUAAAACUUUUCACCUCGCUUUCUCUCAUUCUCUCAUAACAAUCCUUCACCAAAUUCAAUUGAGAAGAAACAAAAAAAAAAACAAAAAACAAAAAAAACAAAAACAGAACCAAAUCAAACAUGGCUUCAUCCAUCACAACCCUCAACUCAUCAAGAUUACUUCCCAUUUCCAAAGAACAAAACUACCCAUCUUCCCAUUUUCACUCAAACCUUCUAAAGGUUUCAUCUUUCCCUUCUAGAACCUCUUCUUCUUCUUAUUCUCUUUCUUGUUCUGUUACUAAAGACCCUUCCUCUGUUCUUCCAUUGCUGGAUCAUACGAAGCUUGAUAAUGGGUCGGUUGUGCAUCAACGACCCGAUUCGUUUGGGAGGUUUGGGAAAUUUGGUGGGAAAUAUGUUCCUGAAACUCUUAUGCAUGCUCUCACUGAACUUGAGGCUUCUUUCUAUUCCCUUACUGCUGAUGAAGAUUUUCAGAGAGAGCUGGCAGGGAUUCUAAAGGACUAUGUUGGUCGGGAGAGUCCUCUUUAUUUUGCGGAAAGGUUGACGGAGCAUUACAAGAGGCCUAAUGGUGAAGGGCCUCACAUUUACCUGAAGAGGGAAGAUCUUAACCACACCGGUGCUCAUAAAAUUAACAAUGCUGUUGCACAAGCUUUGCUUGCCAAGAGUUUGGGCAAAAAACGUGUUAUUGCUGAAACCGGAGCUGGACAGCAUGGAGUUGCUACUGCUACUGUAUGUGCUCGAUUUGGUUUAGAAUGCAUUAUUUAUAUGGGUGCACAGGAUAUGGAAAGGCAAUCACUGAAUGUUUUCAGAAUGCGUCUUCUUGGUGCUGAGGUGAGACCAGUCCAUGCUGGGACUGCUACACUUAAGGAUGCUACAUCCGAGGCAAUAAGGGACUGGGUUACCAACGUUGAAACAACUCAUUAUAUUUUGGGUUCUGUUGCCGGGCCGCAUCCAUAUCCGAUGAUGGUGAGAGAGUUUCAUGCUGUGAUUGGCAAAGAAACCAGAAAGCAAGCAUUGGAAAAAUGGGGAGGAAAACCAGAUGUUCUGAUUGCAUGUGUCGGUGGAGGUUCAAAUGCCAUGGGACUUUUCCAUGAAUUUGUUGAUGACAAAGAUGUUAGGCUAAUUGGCGUGGAAGCUGCUGGCUUUGGCUUGGACAGUGGCAAGCACGCAGCUACAUUAACGAAGGGAGAAGUUGGAGUUUUGCAUGGAGCUAUGAGCUAUCUGCUGCAAGAUGAUGAUGGACAAAUAGUUGAGCCUCACUCUAUCAGUGCAGGCUUGGACUACCCUGGUGUCGGACCUGAACAUAGCUUUUUGAAAGACUUGGGCCGUGCUGAAUAUCAUAGCAUCACUGACAAUGAAGCAUUGGAAGCUUUUAAGAGAGUUUCACGACUUGAAGGCAUCAUUCCAGCUCUUGAGACAUCUCACGCGUUGGCGUAUCUAGAGAAAAUAUGUCCAACCCUUCCUAAUGGAACAAAGGUUGUGGUUAACUUCAGCGGCCGAGGUGAUAAGGACGUUCACACUGCUAUCAAGUACUUGAAGAUGUGAAAAGGUCGUGUUGUUGUAUCAAACGAUCGUUUAGCUGCUAAAUGGGCUUCAUUUUUAUACUUAGUGACAUAAUUAGUUCAAUUUAAUUUUAAAAAAGCAAGCUAUAAUUAAAUAACUAUGCCAUGUAGAUUUGCUUCACGGAACUGCUUAUAUACGGUCUUUCAUAAUCUUAUGUUUUUGAAUUUUACAUGAAAUGAAUAAAUUCCACAAAAAUGUACUUUGGAA